UGUGAAAUCGAAACUCAAUAGCCUUCAGUAAAAAUACUCUAAUUGAAACCAUAAACACUUUAGUAAGACAAAUAGAAUCAUUAGCGAUUAGAUAAGUACCUAGUACUUAUUACCUACUUCAUAGGAAUGGCCCAAAAAUAUAGAUAAUGCCCUCACAUUUCAAAGAUCACAAACUUGUUAUGCUAAAGAUCUACAUUGAUAGUUUGAAUUACCUGUAGAGAUAAGUUUUAUCAGCACGUUAGGUAAACUCCACGAUACAAUGUUGUUUAGUUGUGUGAUGGAUUACAAAACAAAAAGCACCAGACAACCGAACCCCAGGAAGAAUGCGAGAGUGUUUUACAUUCCCACAUUUCUCUUUACUUUGCCGAUCUUCCUCAAAGGAUGGCGAAAGGAACUAACUGAAGCGGACGUCUACGAACCGCUUUCGGGGUAUCGUGCACGUCUGCUUGGCGACAAAUUGGAAAGUUUGUGGCGAGAAGAAAUUGAGAAAUGUAAAGAGUCGAAAACGAAACCCUCACUGCGAAAUCCGCUAGUAAAGCUCAUCUGGUUUGAAAGCCUGCUAACUGGAAUUAUAUUGAUGGCGCUUGAAGUGAUUAUAAGGCCUCUCCAGUGCGUUCUUAUCGGUCGACUGAUAACAGCCGCGUCCUCCCCGGGCCACGUUGAGAGGCAAGAAAUUUAUUUGUACGGCGCAGGGGUGGCUCUGUGUUCGUUGACGAUAUCGUCGUUAAUUCACCCUUACAUGCUGGCGGUACAUAACCUUGGUUUGAAACUGAGAGUCGCCUGCAGUUCCUUAGUUUACCGGAAGAUACUCAAACUGAAGAUGAGCGCCUUUGAAAGGAUCAACUCGGGCCAAAUUCUCACGCUAAUCACAAACGAUUCCAAUCGUUUUUACGAGAUUCCCAUCACAAUACAUUACACUUGGAUUGGAGUGCUUCAAAUUGUCGUAAUCGGGUGGUUUUUAUAUCAAGAGUUUGGAGUUUCGUCUCUGUUUGGUAUUUGCUUUGUAAUUUCAUUCGUGGGCGUUUAUUUGCUUUUAGGAAGAGCUGCCAAAAAUGUACGUUCCAAAACCCUUGCGAGGACAGACGAAAGAAUGCGCGUGACGAAAGAGAUCAUCUACGGAGUUCAGGUGCUCAAAAUGUACAACUGGGAAAGUCACUUUUCAAAUUUGGUCUCUGUGUAUCGCAGGUUGGAACUGAGAUCUACGCGUCUUUCCUCGUACAUAAAAGGGAUGUUUGCAAGUUUUCAGCUUUUUGUGCAACGUGUCUCGGUUUUUAUCACGAUUUUGGCCUUUGUGCUUUUAGGCAACGACGUAACGGCGGCGAACGCCUUUCAAUUGGUGUCGUUUUACGCUGUCCUGCGAGGGACGGUGGUAUUUCAAUUGCCAAAGGGAAUACAUGUACUAAUGGAGUCCGUAAUUCCACUGGAAAGGCUAAGCGCGUUUCUUCGAUGCGAUGAAAUGCGUAAAUAUCCGCAAGUCCAUCUGGACGACGCAAUCGUCCUUCGCCGUGUUUUCGUACAGAGAGGCUUCACUAGCCUUCUUUCGGACAUCAAUAUCAAUAUCGGGCGCAGCCGGUUGGUAGCCGUCGUCGGACCGGUCGGUUGCGGGAAAACGAACUUGGUGCACGCGAUCCUCAACGAGAUGUCUUUAAGCUCAGGCUCACUAACAGUGUCAGGAAGUGUCAGUUACGCAUCUCAAGAACCUUGGAUCUUCACCAGCAGUGUGCGACAGAAUAUCAUUUUCGACAGUCAAAUGGACAAAGAACGCUACGAGGACGUGGUGAAAGCUUGCGCUUUAAGUCGCGACCUGCAACUAUUUCCUCACCACGAUCAGACAAUCGUGGGCGAGCACGGUGCGUCACUAAGUGGUGGACAAAAAGCGAGAAUCGGCCUGGCUAGGGCCGUUUACAGGAACGCUGACAUUUACAUUUUUGACGACCCUCUAUCGGCUGUUGACUCCCGCGUUGGAAAAUCAAUCUUCGACAACUGCUUCAAGUCACUGCUGAAGGAUAAGACUGUGCUCCUAAUUACUCACCAAGUGCAAUAUUUGAAGAGCGUUGAUGAAAUUAUUGUACUUAACAAUGGUACGGUAACAGCCCAAGGCAGAUUUUCACACUUGGUUUCCCAAAACGUCGACUUUGAUCAGAUACUUUGCAACGGUGAAGGGGAAAUGAUGACAGAGUGCGAACCAAAUCCUCUAAAAGCCGGAACCGCGAGCAUCGAGUCAUUAGUGUCCAAGCCAGUAGAUGUCCCAAACACAACGGACGAGCAAACAACCAGUGGUGUCGUUGCAAGCUCUGUCUACAAAACUUACUUCUCAGCGGGAAGCCAUUGGAGCACCUCGUGCUUUGUGAUUGCUCUAUUUGUGAUAGCCCAAGUACUUGCAAGUGGAUCCGAUUACUUCAUCGCUUUCUGGGUGAAUUUGCAUCAAGCGCAAAACUUGUCGAUCAGCAUGCCGAUGCCCAUAUUCAUUUACAUUUACACGACCUUAAUCCUGGGGGUAAUAGUUUUUGGUGUUGCUGCAAUGGUCACCUUACAUAAUCUGUGCAUGCAAUCUUCAACCAGCUUGCACAACGCCAUGUUUACAAGUGUUCUCGGAUCGCCAUUAAAAUUAUUCCAUCUAAACCACUCUGGAAGAAUCUUGAACCGAUUCUCCAAAGAUCUACAAACAAUCGAUGAGGAGCUGCCAUUGAUUAUCAAUGAGACUGUUCUCUUGGGUUUGAGCACUUUAGGAGCGGUUGUUCUCAUGGCAGUCAUCAAUUAUUUGUCCUUACUUCCCGCAGUCAUCGCCAUUGUUGUACUGUACUAUUUGCGUAAGUUUUAUCUCGCAACAAGUAGGAGCCUGAAACGCGUAGAGGCGACAACUAGGAGUCCGGUUUUGGGCUACAUAAAUGCCACAAUCCAGGGGCUAUCAACGAUACGAUCUUUUGACGCUCAACAAGUUGUGCUAAAUGAGUUUGACGCCCACCAAGAUCUGAACACCUCCGCCUCUUACAUGUUCGUCUCGACAUCCAGAGCCUUUGGUUAUUGGACUGAUCUAUUCUGCAACAUAUUUAACACUUGUGUCAUAUUUCUGCUUCUCAUCAAUGAUGACAACUUCGGUGGAAAUAUCGGAUUGACCAUUUGUGAAAGCUUGGGUUUAUUGGGCAUUCUUCAGUUCGUGGUGCGGCAAUACGCUGAAAUGGAGAACGCCAUGACAUCGGUUGAACGCGUUCUAGAAUACGGCGCCCUCGAGCAGGAACCGGAAGAUCACUGCAUUAUACCUUUGCCAAACUGGCCGAAACACGGUGAAAUCAUCUUCGACAGCAUUUCACUUCGAUACUCCAAUGAUCUUCUGAUCUUAAACGAGAUCAACCUCGUAAUAAAACCAAGGGAGAAAGUCGGCAUUGUUGGGCGAACGGGGGCUGGAAAAUCGUCGUUAAUCAACGCCCUGUUUAGAUUAAGCGAGUUUUCCGGCUCGAUUACAAUCGACGGAAUCGAUACCAAGACUGUUCCACUGUGCGACUUGCGCUCCAAAAUUUCGAUUAUUCCCCAACAACCGACCAUCUUUUCGGGAUCGGUGAGAAACAACCUUGAUCCGUUUCAGGAAUAUUCCGACGACAUUCUAUGGAAAACUCUGGAAAAUGUCGAGAUGAAAGAUGCCGUCAGUAAUUUACCUUUCGGUUUAAAUUCGGUGAUUACCGAAGGUGGUCUCAGUUUUAGCAUUGGUCAACGUCAACUCGUAUGUUUGGCGCGUGCGAUGCUUAGGAACAACAAAAUUCUCGUCCUCGAUGAAGCUACGGCAAACGUGGAUCCAAAGACCGAUCUUUUGAUUCAGAAGGCUGUUAGGAAGAAUUUUUCGGACUGCACGGUUCUGACGAUUGCUCACAAAUUGGACACUGUGAUAGACUCUGAUAAGAUUUUGGUUAUAGACGGGGGAAAGGUUGUCGAAUUUGCCCAUCCUUACGUGUUGUUACAAGAUUGUGACGGUGUCUUCCGCGCCAUGGUUGACCAAAUGGAUAAGUUAUCCGCGGAAUGUUUGCGGAAUAUUGCUGAAACGAAUUAUGCAGAAAGAUUCUCCAAAAAGCUGUAAAUUGUGACGUU